UCAGUCAUAAAUUGUAUUUUACAAGAUGCACGCUUCAAUAGUUCUUGUCUCAAUAGUAGCAGUUUUAAGUAGCACGGCAAAAGCAGGAAAUUUUUAUACCUCAGCUACAAAUAAAAUAUAUUAUGUGGAAUCAGCAUAUAAUUACAAUUGGUUUGAGUCCCAUAUCGAGUGCCACAACAAAAACAUGACUCUGUUCACCAUUGAAAAUGAGGAUUCAUUUUACGAUCUCUAUAAUGUGUUAAUUAGUGGAAAAUUUUCUCGCAAACCACCUCAUCUCUGGGUGGGAGCCGUUGGAUCUCAGCGCAAAUUUACCUGGAUUUUAAAUGGUAAACCUGUCAUUUGGAAACAUGGUAGUUUUGAUAAUGCCAGAAAUUCCGAAAAUUGUCUACAACUCUAUGAAAAUACCAAAGAUUUAAAUGAUGUUAAUUGUGUGAACAAAAUGGGUUUUGUGUGUGAGGAGAACAGAUAUCAGAUACAGUGUGAUCAAACGAAAAUGGCUCAAAAGAAUGUUGUGCUAAAUAUUCAUCAACAUCGUAAUUAAUAGAGUAAGUUAGGUAUUAAAAAUGUAUAAAAACUAAUCAUAAUUUGUAAAAUGAAACAUUUUUUAAACAAAUCCUAUAAAAUCAUAAAAUAAAAGUUGGAUUUUAAUAAUAAA